UCCAGCUAUACAUUUAUAGUAUAGAAUAAUCCAACCUUACAUUUAUAGUAGGCUACCAAAUUAUUAAGUUUUUGCUUAGAAUAAUCCAGCUUUGUAUUUAUUGUAGGCUGCCAAAUUGUUGAAAUUUACUUAGAAUAAUCCAGCUCUAGACCUCUAACAGCUGCGCUUCAGUAAAUUCUGCCGGGCUACCCGGAAGACGAUGUUAGGUUGUAGGGCUUAUGAGAUGCGAAAUGAGAAAGGGAUGGGUUGAGGGGUUAAGAUCUCGGGAGGACCCUCGACAGAAGGAAGAGUACAGUUGAAUGUUGCGCAGGGCGGGUCGACCGAGGCUAUGCAGAUGUUAAUUAACGGGAAAUGUGGAAUAUUUCGAGUCAAAGCCUUGAGUGAAGUCCGGGUUCUCCAAAUUCGAGAGACGAGACAUCUCGUGGUGUGCACAGCCUGUCAAGUUGACCAUCUCAGUUUGUCAGUCCCCUGUCCCGGUUCCCGCUCCCGUGGAGGGGGGGAGGUUGUGCUGUUCUAACUUCUAAGUAACAACACUUCUGUCUGGACUGUGCGACUUAGUUUGAAAUGGGCGGGACGUCGUUCGCUGGUCUCCCGCUCCGAACUCGACGUCGACCGGCCGCAACCGAACUUCAUGGACAACUCCCACACCUCCCCCUCUUCUUCGAACUUCUGUUUCCUUCCGUCGCCGGUCAAACGGGUGCCUUUCCCGUUCGCAUCAAGGCAGUGUGACAGUCAAGGCUUCAAGUCCAAUCAGGGCACCUCGCGUCUUCGGGGCGACUCGCACGAAUCUCGCCUCACCACCUUUCGAAACCCCUUCUGGGGCUCCCACCCCCAAGUCCGAUAUUCGCUGUCUGCCAUGGCUCUCCAGCGCCGCUCCAGCCGCCGGCAGCGCGCUCACGGCGCCAGUUGGACAAUUCGACUAGGUAACAAAGUGGCAUGGACCCGCUGUGAACUCUGGGGCGAUGGAGACAGGUCUUUGAGGGAUUGGAGGGACCCUGUAACUGCACUAACGCAAGGCAAAAACAGACUGUAACCAUGACCAUGCCCGAAAAAGGGUUGAAG